CAGAGGGAGAGACAGGGGAGGGAGGUGAAUAUGUGACAGGAUGUGGUUUCCCUGAGCUUGCAGAACACUGGUAUACAGGCAUACUUUGAGCAUGACCUAAACACACCGAGCGUACAAGUGUGUUUGAGCUCCGUGAGGUGGUGAGGGGGGAAGACGAAGCAGAACCGCUGGAGCUGCUGCUGCUGCUGCUGCUGAGCCGACAGACGCUCUGGUUUCUCUGCUGCCCGCCCGCCUGCCUGUCGGAGGAUUGUGUUUCCUUUAAGCCAGCCAGCUCCACGGCAGCCUCGGCCAGCUUGUCGGACAGGAUCUGAACCCGUCCUCCAUCCUCUCGCUGUGAUUUCCUCCCUCAGAGUAGAAUGCGAUUCUCUGCUGGAAGCUCCGGUCCGGUUGCUGUGUCCGAGCAGUGAACUUUUCCACCAGAUUGUCGAACAGGUCUGUGCACAGAGUGACCGGCUAACUGUGGAGUCAUGGGCUGCGGGCUGCGCAAGAUGAAACCGACGUCGGAGGAUAACAGUCCGGGGAAGAUUUACUCCACCCUGAAGAGACCACAGGUGGAGACCAAGGUGGGCGUGGCCUACACGUACCGCUACCUGGACUUCCUGAUCGGCAAAGACGGUGGGACGUCCACGCUGCGUCUGUCGUCGGUGCGAGAGCUGCCGGGUCAGCUGCACGAGCUGUACCAGCAGGGCUUCGUUCUGGCAUCCGUUCACCCGUUCAUCCACCCCUGUGGUCCAGAGUCCAACAGCCCGCAGCACCAGCUCUACCGGGCUAUCCUGGUCCGACUCAACGACGGGGUGGAAAGGAGCCAGUCGGUCUGUCCACCGUACAAACUACAGCUGGAGGAGUGUCUGUCUGCCGAGCAGGUGCCCACCCCAGAGCUCAUCCAGGGCUACGUCAAGAAGCAGAUACAGGACGCUGCUGACCAGGGGGUGAUGUUUGUGGGAUUUGUCCAGGAACCAUACGGUGCCCCGUGCACCCGGAUCAGAGAACUAGACACCCCCUCCCUGUCCCUGCACUCCAGCCCCAGCUCUGUGCUCGGAUCCCUGGGCAGCUGCAGCCCCUCGAACCCGUCCAGCCCCAGAAACCAGGCAGAACCUGGAGCUCAAGCUGACACACCGGACAAAGAGGGGAACGAGGAAGCCUCGUGCGAGGCCGGGGAAGGAGCGCCGAGCGGGGAGAAGAGUCAAAGUGAGAAAACGGGGAACCACUCGGGCUGCGGGGCGGAGAGCAGCCAGGACGAGGUCUCACCGGCAGCCUCUCCGGUGUCAGAGGGGGAUCUGGAGCACAGCGAGGAGCUGACGGAGGAGGACUCGCCGUAUCACAAUAACAACAAAGACAGCGGCACGGAGACAAAGGAGAGGCCGAGAUACCGACUGCGGAGAGGUGAUGGGGUGGACCUGCUGGCUUUGUACAACCACCCGCCGGUCCGAGAGGGCCAGGUGAAGUACUACACCGUCAAGGUCCCUCUGCGGGUUCAGAACUGUGACGAGGGGGUCAAAGGGGUGGAGGCCAACUGGCUGGACCACAUGACCCAGCACUUCAACAACGGAGCAUCGCUGGUUGACGGAUACUUCCACCUGGGCAACGUGAACGAUUUGCUGCCUAAGUCGGUGGAAAGUGUCUUCAUCUUCCAGGAGGCGAGCGAGGGCGAGCCGAACGCAGCCACCCCGACGUACGACGCCAUCGUAGUGGAGCAGUGGACUAUCAUUGACGGUUUGCAGGUGAAGGCUGAUUACGUCCCUCUGCUCCAGUCCCUGGCCACGUAUGGAUGGAGACUCACAUGCGUGCUGCCGACUCCUGUAAUCAAGACGAACAGCGACGGAAGCCUGUCCACCAAACAGAUUGUUUUCCUGCAGCGACCCGUCUUAGGCCGAAAGAGGAGGGAGUCUAAGAAAUUAAUCUUCAAGCCCCGAAGCAAGUCCAGCAAGAACUGCAUCAAAGACACGGCGAAGAACAAGAAGAAGAAAAAAACAAAGACGGAGAAGGACGGAGAAGAUCCCAAGAUUCUUGACGAGAGAGAAAAGGUUGAGAAGGAAGAAGACAAGAGCGGCGAUGAAAGAGUGAACGCAGCCAGAGAAAGUGAGAUGCUGAAAGAACGGGAGGCGAGGUGUGAGGAGGACGAAAAGAUUGAUGACGGGAUCGAAAUCGGCAUCGAGACUGUCAUGAAGAAAGAUGAAGCAGCAGAGACGAAAGAAAACGGCACCGAAGAAGGGCAAGAAAAGAUGGCACUGGAUGGAGAGGGAUCAAAGGAGAACGGAGAGCCUUUGGAAAACGGAGAGGUCAAGGAAGUGACGGAAACCGUGGCGACUGUCGAAGCUCAGAGCGAGACCAAAGAAAAGGAGAGCGAGGGAGCAGCAGAGGCUGAUGCAGUGAUAGAGAACGGGGUAGAGACAGACGAAGAGAAAGAUGAAGGCGACGAGAUCGAGACGGAUGAACCGGCCGAGGUCACCGCCAAGGAGAUUGUGGCAGAUCCACAGGCCACAAAUCAAAGCCCAGAGGAGACUCAAGAGUAGCCCCAAGGAGUUCAAGUCGAGGUCCCCGCCCCCCCACCCUACCUCUCAAGCCCCCCAUCCUAAGAACUGGUUCACAGUGUUGUCCCUGAUCCAAAUUACCGGGGCUUCGAUCCCCAUCGCUGCAGCAUUCUCCAAACCUACCACCUUUCAUAGAUGACUCCCCUGCAACCAGUGUAGCUAUGAAAGAGUUUCAUGUGACUGCAGGCGUCAGUCCGACUGUAUAACCACACAUGCUGAAUGUAUACGUCCAACACAGGAGACGCUGGGGCAGGAUGGUCCAUGUGUCUCCAGGAUGGUGGCAUUAUCAGACAGGCUGCAGAGCAAAGUGAGUGUUUAAAGGCCUGGUCACCCCAGUGGUUAAAGGGCAAAAUACUGCGCUGCAACUGGUGAAAACACACAGACUGGUGCGAGUCGUUUAGGCUGUCGUGGUGUUUCCAGAUAGUUGUCAGAUAAAGUUAAAGCAAACUUUGGGGAAAAAAGGCAAAUAAAAUGCAAAUUCGGCUUGUUUCCAUGAACUGCUUAGUAGCAAAUAAACUCGGUUGUGUAGCGUCAUGAGAAGGUGGAGGUCUAGAUUACACAAGCAGCUGUGAUAAGCGCAGCAGAAGAGGUUGUGAAUCAGAUGCUAAUUAGCCACUAGCUAAUUCUUUUAAUUGUGUGUUGUCCCUGCAAAAAGAAACCAACCACUAAUUUACCAACCGCUAAAAAAAAAACCCAAAGAAGAAGAAAGAAAGAAAACUUUGGCCAUCAAUGAGCCAAAAACGGUGAAUGGUAAGCCUUUGGUUUGUUUCAGGCUGUCCAGAGUCUCUGGAGGUGGAAACAGCUGAUCAGUCAUCAAAGUUAAACAUCUGCUGAGUUAGAAUUUACUUGGAAAAUGUGUUUUCAUCUCACAUGAAGCACAUUAACUCUUUUUUAGAAAAAAGUCAAAAACCAUCUGAGAGAGAAAACUGUUCUUUCUAAUUAUGCUGCUCCCAUUAACGAAUGUGAUGCUUCACAAUGUACGAAGAAUAUUCGAUGGAAACCAGCGAGUGGGUCCAAAAUGGAGGGAAGUGUCGUCGCCUGUUAGCUGUGUUGGAACAACAUUCAACCUCCUCUGAGUGUAAAGUGCUCCAGAAAAGAGGAACCAGACUUUCAUGAUCCAGAUUCGUCUUUUGAAUAAACUGCGUGAUGUUAACAUCGGAGCUCUAAAGGGCUUCAUUUACAGUUUUAAUAUCUCUGACGGUUUAUAAAACUGAGAACAAAAUGACCGGCAGUGAUAAUGACCACUGCAUUACGAUGGACUGUCUAUAAAAGAUGGAUGUCGCCACCGUGGCGCCACUAACUGGUUUGUGGAUUAACAUUUUUAAGCCUCAGAAUUUGUCCAUCAGCAUGUUGGUCAUUUGAAUCCGUUUAUAACUAGUGAGAGCUGGAUCUGACUGAGAUACGACACCUGCCGAUACAGUAGCAGCUUGUUAUUUACUCUGCUGUGUCGUGUAUUUUCCUCUAAAUGGGACCGUCAUUGACAAAAUUAACACCACGCUGUACUGAAGGAGACUUAAAACUAGCUAUUAAUACCAUAAAUUAAUUAGGAAAAUGUUUAUUGAGAUGAAUAAUCCAAUGAGAAGUAGGGUCAUUUUCACAUAGACAGCUAGACAGAGGAGUCGCCCCCUGCUGGCUGUUAGAAAGAAUGCAGGUUUGUGUCACUUCCAAACUGGCUUCAGGCCAAGAUGCUACACCAUCCUUAAUAUACAGUUUGUGUGUCACCAGUUAGCUUUCUGGAUAUAUCACCAGUUUUUUAGAUCAACUACCUUCAUUGUGGCCCUUCCUGGUGUGACCAGGCCUUUACGUCAUGCAGAGUUUGAUGUCAACUUUCAACUUGCCUGAGUAGGGUUAGAUAGUCUAAAAGAAUUAUGCUGUUUUAUACACACACACACACACAACAAUUACGUCCAAUACCAUGGUUAGCUGUUCUCGUCUUGUCCAGGAUCUCUACCCAGAUAAAGGACCUGUUACCAGAGGUACAUUCACCUGACAGGUGAGCAGUUUGAGCAGCUUUUUCCAGCUCAUGAAGCUGUGAACAGACAAAUCAGCUCCAAAACCCAAAAUCUUGACGAGACACAGGCCUGUGUCGCCCGACCGACUGACAGCACGAAGGCAGGUAGGCUCAGACUGCAGCGCCGGCCCGGUUCCUCCUGUAAGCUGGGAUGAGGAGGGACAUGGGAGGAGAAAGCCGGUAGAGGUGACGGGAAAGGCGUUUGUUGCGACAGGCAAUCCAAAGUAGGCUGAAGAGAUAAUUGUUUACACCGAGCUCUAAGCCAUCAAGUGCUUCAAAGAGAGCCGAUAAUCACUCCUUGGUGUGGUGUGCUCAGCUCACCUGCAUACAGAAUGUUCCACACUCAAAGCCAAGUCAGACACGGAUGUGAAAUUCAGCUGAAUGUUUGCACCUCCGGGGCAGAGCUCGGAUUUAGACGUUAGUUUGCAGACACAGGAGUUAUUUCUGCGCAAAAAAAAUAAAAAAAGAUGCAUUUUUAAUUACAUUCCAGUCAAUGGCUGAAGACAAAAGUCAGUGGAAACAAGGUUAAGCUGCCUUGUGUUUUUUAUUGAGACCAGAACUGAGCGUUGAGACGGAGAAACUGAAACAAAGGACGAGGUUGUAGUGAAAGAGAAAGACCACAGAGCCUCAGAGUCAAAUAAAAGAAAUGAAUAGGCUCAUUUAAAGCAACAGCCGCUUGUGUCCCACAUCCCCUGUUGAGAUUUCUUUCAUUAUUUUACCUCCAUCUCUUUAAGCACCUCUCACCAGACAUCAUUUCUGACAAUAACCAAGUCAUAAUGUGCUGUUUCAUGGCAUCGCGUAGCUUUCCGUUUUCAAAGGUGGAGCAGGAGGGCGGCGGCCACGUUCACGGCGUGGAGCUCUCAUUAGCUCACUAAUGGGUUUUGUCAGCGGGAUGUCUGUCAGUAAUCAUGCAUUUAUAAUGGGGUCACUUAUUGGGGGAGGUAUUGACAGCAAAACACCUCAACAUGUCGAGCAAAUAGCCUUCAUAUUUAACAGUGAUGUCACGGGGAGUCACUUGCACUGAGGAGGAAGAGUUAAAAAUGUUCAGUUUUACAAAGAAACCCCAAACGCCUCAUCCCACAACGAGUCUAUUUAUUAAAGUGUUAGUAUUUGGUUCAUGGAGAACGUAAACUACCUGCUGUCCUGCUUCACACGCGCUAUAAUUUGUCACAAUUUGGAUCUUUAGUUUUAUGAGAAUAAAUGAUAGCUCGGUGAAGAAAAAUGGCUCCUUUCUGGAGAAGAAACUCUUCAAUUACACACAAGUAAGAUCGAUUAUGCUGAACAAGUGCUCUCCUUUUUGGGGGAUUAAUCCGCCCGCCGCUGAGAUUUUUUUCAAUGUAAAAUGGCAUAUGUUUCUGUGUAGAGUAGAAUAUAAAACUGUGACCAGUCUAGCCUUAUUACUAUACUGUAAAUGGCCCACAACCUGCUAUUAGAACUGUCUUUUAGAGGCACAAUGGUGAUUUAAGUGUUAUAUGUUUGUUAUAGUCAAACAGGAAAGUUUUUUGCUACCGUCGGUGUUUUGAAGACGUCGUUCCCUGUUUUAUUACUGGAAUUCAGAGCGAGUUUGUCUAUAUGAAGGUAUUGAGUUUUAUUUCUAACAUGUUUUGUUGUUUUUUUUUAUGGUGAAUGUUCUGUUUCCUGAGUCGACAGAUUUUUUUCACUGUGGGCUUCGUGUUGCCUCUGCUGUUCCGCUAAAGCUUGCAGAAAUGUAUUGCUGACUGACGCUUCGAGCUACCUCCCGAGGGCUGUUGUUGGUUUUAACCGAGGGGUCGCCGCCUGUGUGACCUCCUGAAGCAUAUGCUCCUUGUCCUCUCGCCCUCCACGAUGACGGAGACCAGAACUGUGAGCGUGAGGUCAUCGCUAAUGGCAGAAAAGGCCGAGGGUCACAUCUGAGCCAGAAUGGAUUUUCCACAGCUGCACACAGGAGUUUGCACGAGCAUAUGACAAACAACCACUCCGAUAUCGAAUGAAGACAUGAAGUCAUGUCAUGAUGUUCUCUGUGCUGUUUUCUCUCCUUUUUUUUUAACUUCAUUCUCCUGGCUGCUUUUUGUUCUCUGCUUUCUGAGCUUUAAUAAGCAUUUACUGCAUUCAAGGAAUAUUUUGCGCCACCUCUUGCAUCAGAGGAGCCGGUAAGAGUCGGCUGUCACUUUCACAGCUUUGUCAGGAUGUGACAGAUAUGAAUUAUGAAACGCAACCGACAGCAGAUCCUCAUGAAUACUUGAGAAAUUUCCCUGUUGAAUCCUGGUCAGCUUAUUUCAUCAGAUUUAAUUAAUUUCUUUGCUCCCCCAUCCAGCUUCGAGAUAAACAUUUUAGCUGUCAUUUAUCUGUUUUAUGAAUUUAUUUCAGCGCUUCUGAUUUCCUCCUUCUCGUGUGUGUUAUUCUUUUGUUAAUCUAAAGAACUGUGACAUGUAUUCCCCUUUGGCAUCCUGUGAGAACAAACACAUCAUAUUCCUCUUUAUCUGUGGGAGCAGGAAAUAGAAAAAGAGGCGAUCUCAAGCGACGUGACUGCUUUCCGACUCCCACUACAUUCCGGCUGGACAAACAGGAAUGACCGUAACCUUGACAAACUCGCGUCCGUCCAUCCCUACCUGAGGCCGCGGCCUUCGGGGCUCCGCGUCCCCCUGAUAAGGGCUGAUUGGUGGCUUCGCAGUCUGACCUCUGACACCGGAGCACUCCGGGGACCGUGGGGUAGCCGUGAUCUGGUAUUAAAGACACGGACGGGGAGAGAGAAGUGAGGCAGGAUCUGACACUUCAUCAGUUAAAUGAUGCCGAACCGUGUUAACGUAACCGUCCGUGAACAGAAGGCGACCUCUGACUAAUGUCACACUUAAAUACACAUUUGCAGCCCUCUAUCCGUUCAUGUAAAGAUAAAAAAGGAAAAAAAAAUAAAAGGUAAUAUCCAGUUUUCUGUCUUAUAUCAGCAUAAUCGUCUCUGAGCCUCAAUCGUGGCGCUGGUGCAAUCGUUCUUGGUAAUGCUGUACAAAACGUGAUGGUUCAUUUCCUGUGUGCUACUAUGAUGUGAAACGGGCAGAGUAGAAACGACAGAACAUGAUACAAUAGGAUGCCGUCAUUUUUUACUUUGGUUUUUUUUCCCCGUGUUGUCACUUUAGCUUGCUCACAGCCUCUGGAAAAUGUAUUCUUAGAUUUUUGUCUCUGAUGUGAGUUUUUUUUUGUUAUCACCUCGGCUGCCAUCUUGAAUGUUGAGUAUCUUUGAUCAUGUGCUGUUGUCACUCGCAUCGCUACGGAGGAAGAAAAAGUAUUCUUUAUCUUUGCUAUCCUGAGUAUGUCCACAUUCCUAUUGUUCAUGACAUCUGUACAAUUUGUAUAUUAUAAAAAUGAUUUAUAUUUAAUGUGUA